AUGACUACAUUACAUUUGAUACAAUCGAAGAGAGGCGCUCCAGCAAUAAUCGUGCAUGAAUAUAUGUAUACAAAAUGUAAUGAACUAAACACAGGUGAUAUCAUAUGGAAAUGUCCGAAAAAAACGUGCUAUGCUUCAGUGAAAACCAACGAUAGGCCAGAACUCUUAGAAUCCCGCGGCACCCAUAAACACGAUCAUCUUUCAUCUAGUGAUAUUGAAAAGUUGAAAAUUGAUGUAGUGCUUAAGAGGAAAGCAAUUGAAGAUCCAACUGUUAGACCCAAUAAACUUAUUCGAAGAGCAAUUGCAGUAUCAGAAGUUGUGGAUAUGUGUGAUAUAUCUAAUUUUAGACGACACAUCUAUAGGCAACGAAGGAAAAGUCAACCAGUUCUUCCAAAGUCCAUUGAAGACGCAGUACAACAACUAACAAUUAGACAAAAUGAAAUUCAAACAUUCAAGCUGGAAAGAUUUGUUUUCGUACACGACGAUAAUUCGAUUGUUGCUAUAACUUGCAAAACAAAUUUACAAUGUAUGUGCACUUCUCUUCCACUCUUUGCUGAUGGUACAUUUAAUUACUGCCCAAAAUAUUUUUAUCAAAUAUAUACUAUACAUGUUUAUAAAAAUAAUAUAUAUCUGCCGUUAGUAUACUUUUUAUUAAACGGAAAAAGUACGGAAUGUUAUACUAAGAUGUGGAACUUUUUAAAGGAGUUGUGUGGUUCAUUUAAUUUGUCGUUCAAGCCUAAUUUAAUAAGAGUCGAUUUUGAAAUAAGCGCCCAUAUUGCGAUUAAGUUUGUUUUUCCAGAAUGCAAAAUACUAGGUUGUAAAUUCCAUCUUGGCCAAUCUUGGUAUAGAAAAUUAAAUCAAGAUUUUCCUACUCUUAGAAAUGAGUACAAUAAUAGUGAAUCGGAAACUGGAAAAUGGUUGAAAAAUUUUUUUGGGCUUUCAUUUUUACCUUAUACAGAAGUAUCAGAAGCAUUUUGCGAACUGAUUGAAAUUUCCCCAAGUGAAAAUGCAUUAGAAUUUUCUGACUAUGUCCUUAAAAACUAUAUAGACGAAGAUUGUUUGUUUCCUCCUGAAAUGUGGGCCGAAGCGCCUUCGAGUAUGCCAAAAACUACAAAUGGGCCAGAAUCAUUUCAUAGGCAUUUUAACGAACAAUUUUAUUCAGCACAUCCAUCUAUAUGGAAGGUAAGAUCAAAUUAUUAGCUUACUUACCUUAAUUCAUUAUUUUAAUUGAAUAUUAAUUUUAGGUACUUGAAGUUUUAAAAGAAAUUCAAGUGGAAACCGAUAUAAAAAUGAAAGAAGAGUCAACCCCUUUACGAUCCAAAGAAAUAAAAAAUAUACGAUUCGCAAACGAAAAUUAUUUUAAGUAUACAAAUGGGGAAAUAAAUCGACAACAAUUUUUAAAAAUAAUGGGGUACAGGUUCAAAAAUAUUUAGAUAAUAUUUAUAUGUAAAUACUUUUGCAAUUUAUAAUUAU